CGCGCCCAAGAUGUUGCCAUCGCGUACAGUGGGCCACACAACAACUCAGUUCGCUUAUAUCUCUUGGUUAUGUCCUCUGACUCGUUGUGCCCUUGGUGCACACAGGACUCUUCCUGAGACCAUCCAUCACUUCAUGCUCCACUGUCCACGUUGUCACUCCUAUUACACUGCACAGCGCUCUCAAUUGUUAUCCAUCAGGAUCACAACACUGGAGUCUGGCCUUGCACCACGCACUCUGGCAGGCAGCAGCCCCGGCUAGGCACCGAAUCCACCCUUCACAUAGGCCAGCAGUUCUCCGCCUCACCUUUACCUGACUGAGGAAGACCGGCUAGUUGUCACUACUGUGUUAGAGCCAGCACCUGGGAACACAGACUCAGUAGUGAAUAUGGCGUUGUCCAGACUCAAAUGUAUAACUCAUGCCAUGAAGAACCUGUCUUUGUUAAGUCAUCCGGACCUGAGAGCACCAGUGUGCAUGAAUCAAGUGCGAGCCAUGUCAAGAGUCAAGCGGCGGCACACAGUUCCCCCUUUUUGGUUACCAAAAACUACUCGUGCUAUGUAUCCUGAGCACAUGACACCAGAGAAUGAAAUCUUCUUGAAGGAUGUCAUAGAAGAAAAGUACUCAUCCCCUCUGAAAGCAGAUUGCUGGGAAAGAGGAACAUGGGUUAAAAAUUCCAUGAGAUGUGGACUGAUUGGUCGAAAAAUUGGUAUUUAUCCGAUGUGGACAAAAGAUGGCACAAGAUUGUUAACAACACUUUUACAGGUAUCUGAUAACCAAGUGAUCAAGUACAUAAAACCUGAGGACAUGGUGCAAGACAAAAGGAAACGAUACAGAGAAUUAGGUGCCCUUGUGGUUGGUGCUGAUCCUAUUGACCCUCGAAUUAUCACAAAAGAAUAUUACAGUGUCUUCUCUGAAGCAGGCGUAAUGCCUAAAAAAAAGAUGAGCAAGUUUCUUAUCACACCAAAUGCAAAGCUGGCCCCAGGGACACCACUGUAUGCUUCCCAUUUCCAGCCAGGGCAUUAUGUUGACAUUGCUGGCAUUACAAUUGACAGAGGUUUCCAAGGAGUAAUGAAGCGUUGGGGCUUCAAGGGCAUGCCAGCCUCUCAUGGAGUGACCAAGAGCCAUCGCCGAGGAGGCAACAUAGGGAGUGGAGGUGACAAGGCCAGAGUUUUGUUAGGCACCAAGAUGCCUGGCAACAUGGGCAGGGAGAGAAGGAUUUUGAGAGGGCUUAAGGUGUGGAGAGUAAACACCCAGCACAAUGUCAUCUGGGUCCAUGGUCCAGCUGUGCCAGGUGGUGUGGGAUCCUAUGUUUACAUCUAUGAUUCCAUACUCCCUGAUCAUCGACAUACACAAGAAAACCAUCCACCAUUCCCAACAUUUUUCCAAGAUGAGGAGGAAAUUGAAGAAGAAUUGUAUGAUAAGGAAUUGCAUACAUUUCGUGAACCCUCAGUCCAGUUUGCUGAAAAAUGAACAUUAUGUGUGAAUGCUGAUCCUAGAAAAGUAUUUACAUAGUUGUAGUCUUGUAUGGAGUGUAAACUAAGGAGUUGUAGCUUUGCCACCUGGAAGAAGCAGAAGGCUAGCAAUCCAGCUCUCCUGCACUCCCUGUGUAUAUGCAUGUGUGCACACACACACACACACACACACACACACACACACACACACACACACAGUGAAAGAUGUAGACAGGCCAAGAUGUGAAAAAUACACAUUGUACAAAGUAAGAUGUAGACAGGCCAAGAUGUGAAAAAUACACAUUGUACAAAGUAA